UUUUUUUCUCCGCCAAAACCUUUUAGACUUAUAACCCAAAACCUUUAGACCUUCUAAUUUUUUUGCCGUCUCUCUCACUCUCUCUGUCUCUAGUCUCCAAGCGGCGGCCUCUCUCUCACCAAAUUUGAGUGACGUUGCUAGAAAAUCCACUGUGUUUAUUUGCAAUUUGUCUUUCAUCUUCUCCAAUUCUGAUUUUGCGUAACCAGGUGAUAUUGUUGCACACUAAUCUAUUUUUUCAAUGGAUAAGUCUUGGAUUAAAAUAUCGAGGAACACACCAGAAUAUUUACUUGGUUUGAAUCAAUUUAUAGAAUAACCAUUUGGAGAAGCACAAGGCCGCCUUGCUGGCUUUUGUGGAAUUUUAGCAACUGACUGCGCCUUAUUUCCAAUUCACUUUGAGAAAUAGUCAGAUUUACCUAUAUCAUACUUUGACCAUGUAUUUGAUCGAAUGGUAAAGAAACGGUUUUGUUUUAAGACAGUCGAGUCAGUUGCACGGCGUUAUGUUUAUAAUUCUAUUUGGAAAAAGUGGAGCGCGAAUGGGCUAAACUUGUGGAGAGCAUUCUAUGAUCCACUCAAAAGUAAAGCUCAGAUUAUGGAAAAUAUUCCGUCACAGAGCAUUCUAUGAUCCACUCAAAAGUAAAGCUCAGAUUAUGGAAAAUAUUCCGGCUGAGAUUCCACGGGAUCAGUGGACUUCAUUUGUUGAUUACCGUUUUAAAGAAACAACUUUGGAAAUGUGCAGAAGGAAUACUGAAAUUCGAAAGAAACAAAUAUUUACACAUACAGGUGGCUCCAAACCUAACUCCAGAAGAAGGGCUGAAAUGAUGGCUGAGACUGGACGAAGGCCUGGACGCGCACAACUUUAUCUUGAUACUCAUAAGAAACAAGAUGGAGCAUAUGUGAAUGAGGCGGCAAAGGAGAUAUAUGAAAAAAUUGAGCUUGCUUUGAGCCAAAGCACGGUGGAUGAGUCUGAAGUAUCGCCAAAUGAUGUUGUUGGUAAAGUGCUAGGAAAAGAGCACUCUGGAAGCGUAAAGUGCUUAGGAUUAGGAGCUGUCCUAGCAAAGUUUUUAAACAUGCAAGACCUCGUUUUGGUGGUAUGAAUGCUUCAAGUAGUGAUGCUUCAUGUUUGAACCAUCGCCAAGAGAACUACAAUAAAUUGUUGAAUGCUCACAACCAAAGACAAGAGAACUACAAACAAAUGAUGAAUGCUUUCAGGGCAUAUAUGAUAAUGAAAGAAGGGACAAUACCGGAGCAAUUUGUGGAGUUCUUUGCUUCUCCUCCUACAACGCCUAGAGAUGCAGCUAGUGGAUCCCUAUCACCCAUGGGCGCAAGAAGAUCAUCUGAUGGCAGUAAUCCAAGUGACAACAACUGAAGUUUUUUUAUAACUGAAUUAGAUAAUUAAUUAUGACAAUGUAAUUACGUGAUUGGAGCGGAUGUUAGAAUGGCUAGGGUGAAUGUUUUAUGUUAAAAUAUAGUUUGAAAACUACAGUAGAAGUUCGUUUCAAGCAACUAAAUAUAGAGGCAGAUUGCUAUAUCGGAGACAGCUCUUCCGAUGCUACUGUAUGCAGCUAGAAACAUUGCUAAAUGUGCUUUGAGUUGUUUAGGAAUUAGGAAAUUUGCCAUGGGAGCAUUUUUGUGGUUUUAUA